UAUCGACACGGACACUAUUUCAUAACAAGCCUGUUUACUUGGAGCAAAACCAGGGCGACCGCAGUUCCAGUCGGCUGCUGCUGCUGCUGCUGCUGCUGCUGCGUCUGGUUCGUGGAGUGGAAUUUGCGGUCCGCAGCUUAAGACGCACACACAAAAAAAAACAGACGAAGAAGAAAAAAAAAGGAAUUAUCCUCAAGUUUUCCUGGAAGUUGCGCGGUUGAUAGAAAGAAAACAACAAACAUGGGAAUUUGUGGCUAUCUGGCAGUGCCUGGGAAAUGCCUUGUCGUCCUCGGACUUAAAUUGUUAUUCCUUGUACCUGCAGGAGUUCCAGCCAGAAGCGGGGAUUCAGUAUUAAAGGACAACAUCACCGUCAGACAGGGGGACAGCGCCGUCUUAAAAUGCAGUGUGGACGGCAAAGUCUCACGAGUGGCAUGGCUCAAUCGCACCACCAUUCUAUUUGCAGGGAGUGAGAAGUGGUCUCUGGACCCUCGCGUCAUCCUGAUGGAAAACACAGCAGUCACAGAGUACAGCAUCAAGAUCCAAAAUGUUGACGUCCACGACGAGGGGCCAUAUGUCUGCUCCAUCCUCACAAACAAGAAACCAAAAUCCACAAAGGUACAUCUCAUCGUUCAAGUACCCGCCAGGAUCACGAACAUAUCGAAGGAUGUCACAGUGAACGAGGGCAGCAACGUCAAUCUUAUGUGCCUGGCUGUCGGUCGACCUGAGGCCAACAUCAUAUGGAAGCAUCAUUCGCCAAGGGGUACCCAUAAAUUUGUGACAGGCGGGGAACAUCUGGAGCUGACAGCCGUCACCAAAGAGCAGUCGGGAUCGUACGAAUGCAUCGCCUCUAAUGACAUCUCGAGCCCUGACGUCAGGACAGUGCAAGUCACCGUGAACUAUCCACCCUUUAUUUCCAAGGCGAGGAGUACGGGUACUCCGGUUGGACAAAAAGGGGUCCUACAAUGCGAAGCCUCUGCUGUCCCGAGGGCAGAUUUUGAGUGGUACAAAGAAGACCGCAGGCUCCUCAAUGGACUUAAUGGGGUUAAGAUAGAGAAUCAAGGUAAACAGUCGAUGCUCAUCUUUUUCAACGUCUCUGAAGAAGAUUACGGGAACUACACUUGUGUUGCCAUGAACAACAUGGGAAUCACUAACGCCAGUAUAAUCCUCUACGGUCCGGGCGCAAUGCAUGAUGUGAACGGGGCGGCGGUGUUGCCCCGUUGCUCCGUAUGCCUCCUGCUGACUGUAACCUUACUGUACCUGCUCAAGUUCUGAUGCGAAAUGUGACUACCUUCAAGCAUUGAAUGGCAAGAACAGACUAUUAGUGCUACAAGAAGAAUGGAAAUCCAAGUUUGCCAGUGGUACAUCCUUAGUUUUCUUUCUUUUUUUAUUUUCUCCUGUUUUUCUUUCUUUCUUUCUUUCUUUCUGGCUUUGCAUUGGAGUCUGUUCUAUGUUGGCUCGCCGAGAGUGAGAGGUAUCAAUCCGAGGAAGGGAAAAAUUUGAAUCAUGCACUAAUUUGACGAUGGUAGAACUACUGAGUUGGUGUCUCCCCGAAACCUUUUUUUUGUAUGUGAAAAGGGAAAAAAGAAAAAAAAAUACAUGUACCUGUUGAUAGUUGACUGUUUAUUGCCCAAUAUUGAAGUGUACAUUCAGAUUAUUAUUAUUGUGUCACGUCCUGUUCAAUAUCUGUACAAAACCAUUACGCUUUUUUAAGUAAACGACAAAAAAAAAAAGUAAAAAAUGCAAUGUGAUUGUUGAAUUUUACUGUAUUUUUACAGUUGUAUGCAAAACAGAAUAACUGAUCCUUCAUAAUAAACGAUUCCGAAUAAAUAGUACACCAUGAUUUCUCAGGCAAGGUCCUACAGCAUAGUGCAUCCAAAUUUUUAUUUCCAUUGUAGUGUAUGUAGAAAAUGUACAAACGUGUACAGACAAUUCCUGCACUGUUGUUUUUCAAAAUGCAUACACUUAUCAAAUGGCAUUUUUUGAAACACCUAAUCACGGUUUCAUAGCAGCUUCAUGGCAUGUUCAUACCGACAAUCUGAAAUAAGAUUCCCAGGCUCGUUCACGCAAAGCAUCUACUGUCGCAAACUGAGCUUAUGCUUGUCUGACGGCGCCCAGUGUCAGCGCUGGUGGUAUCAUUCACGUGUCAGGUUAGCGGGUGGUCUAACGAGUAACUAAACUGACUUCUCUCAAGGUGCUGCUGUUAAUUUAAGAAGCUACAUUUAAUUUGUGAAAGUUUUCCUAACCUCAGUCUUCAUUUUAAAGUUGUUGCUAAAAAAAAUCGCCCCCCGGAUUUUAAAAAAACAAAAUAAAAGCACACAUAAAGAGUAGUUUUUACUUUCCUCAGGCAGCCACAGUGGUUCUUGUGUUUCCUUGGUUGAGCAGUAGACCUUUAUGCAACUGAAACGUUUUGUUCUGAUUCAUGGAGUCAAACAGGUUGCUGCUUAUCACGCUCAUGUCGCUUCUUUUUUUUCUACUGAAUGCAAUUUACAUGUGAAUAGAGGGAUUUAAUGGCCCGUGCCUGUGUUUUUGCAGCUUAUUUUCUAAAAGCGAAAUGUGUCUUUUUUUACUGCCCAUGCAGUCGUUCCUCUCCACCCUUAUCUGUACGGUGCUUCUUUUUUUGUUAAUUUAUUAUAUUUUUUUAAUUUGUUUUCUUCUUAAAUUAUGCUCAUUAUUUGUAUUAUUCUUUCCUGUUAAUCUAACUUUAAUAUUGUUAAGUAAUCAUUGUGUGGUAAUAUGAGUGAAAAGCAUAAACUGUAUUAGCAAUGCCACGCUACAAUAACAUAACUGUGAAAAAGACUAAAAGCAGACAUUAUAUUACUCACCUGUAUCUCAAGCAUACAUCUGUAAAUUGAUUUAGUACAUUUAUUUACAUAUAUAGUAUGCACAUUUUGUUAUAAUCGAGGUUUGUACUCAAACUUGCUGUCAGUUAACCAGAAAACAGGUGUUUUCUAGUAUUUAUCCCACGAGUAUUUUAAACGUGAUGUGUUGGAAAAGCUAGAUAGACUUAAGAGCUCCUUCAAUUUUCAAUAGUUUUGAACAUUCUUUUUUUUUUUCCCCCAAAAAAAAAACCCCUCUGCACACAGUUCCAGUCAAGCCCACAGAUAACGCAAGCAAGUCAUCUUGUAUGAAUGUUCCGUGUAGCUGCUAUGAAGCUUUUUCUUUCAGAUGUUGUGAAUGUGUGCUUUUAACCUGGUUUGCCCCGAGAUAAACAGCGGAUGCUGUUCUCGAGCCUGCAGGAGUGAUGGUUGUGUUCCGUGGUUGGUGGAUGAAUUUUCAAGGGACAUUUUUCAGUCUGCCUCUGCCCCAAGUGACGAGAAUAUACCUAGAGCACAAGUGAUCGCUAAUGUGAUGUUCUUCUAUUGUCCAGUUCACUCCUCUGCAUACCUAUGAGUUAGAAGACAACAGGGACGAGGCCGAUGUACGUGGGAAUGCUUUUGUUGUAUUCAUAUGUUAAGUUAUGUGCUUGUGAUGAUGGUGAACCAGUUAGCUGAGGUCUAUGUCACAGGAUGUGAAAUCAGUUUUUUGGGGGGAGGUGUUUGCAAAAAAAAAAAAACACAGACAGAGGGGGGAUACAGACGCCUGAUAAACUGACAGGUUACUGUCGCCUCUUUUCAUCCCAGAUAGAUGAUCAUGAAAAAUAUUGAUGUCAAUAAGCUUGAAUGAAUUUGUUUCAAAUCCCUAUUAAAAGAAGAACUGAUACUGGAAUUUACUUAAGUUGUAUUUUUGCAUGACACCAUGACAGAGACAACAAUGCAAGUUUGUUUUGUUUUUAUGGUUUAAUGAUUUUAGGUCCACGCAUUUCACAUUAUCUAUAAACCUCCUUGAUGCAUAAUUCUCUGGGCAUUUUAAAAACUGCAGUAUUUACCAUUCACUUGUCAUUUACUAUGUUUUGUCUCCCCGUAAAACAUUUUAUUUUUUUUUACAAUGUACAAUCCCACUGAUGGUUGCAUUGUGAAUCUGUUUGAUAUGUUUUCUGCCAUAACUGGAGGUCGAGCAUACAGUAGUCACUAUUGUGGUAUGUAGUCAUCGUAUCAUUUGAUUGAGAGAUUGCAAAAAUGUCCAUAAACUGGUUAAAUGUGUA